AUGGUCGUGUGAUCAAAUGAUAAAACAUAUUGUUGAAGGUGGAAGAGAAAAGUGUGUUUCCGGAACCCCUGUCAAAUAUUCGGAAGUGUAUAAAGAUUGUUGGAAAGCUGUUUCAGAUGAUCGUCCAAGAUGCUUCAACGUCUUAAAAAGACUUGAGGAAGUCGAUACAAAUGAUAUAAUACUUGAUGACUUAGCUGAAAGAUGUCAGGCAUCAUCUGAGUUUAAUGAAAGCACUUCAAUUGAUGA